AUGGUGCUCGCGGCCCCGCUGCUGCUGGGCUUCCUGCUCCUCGCCCUGGAGCUGCGGCCCCGGGGGGAGGCAGCCGAGGGCCCCGCGGCGGCGGCGGCGGCGGCGGCGGCGGCGGGGGCGGCGGCGGCGGCGGCGGCGGCGGGGGCUGGGGGGGAGCGCUCGAGCCGGCCUGCCCCGUCCGCGGCGCCCGAGCCGGACGGCUGCCCGGUGUGCGUGUGGCGGCAGCACAGCCGCGAGCUGCGCCUGGAGAGCAUCAAGUCGCAGAUCCUGAGCAAACUGCGGCUCAAGGAGGCGCCCAACAUCAGCCGUGAGGUGGUGAAGCAGCUGCUGCCCAAGGCGCCCCCGCUGCAGCAGAUCCUGGACCUGCACGACUUCCAGGGCGACGCGCUGCAGCCCGAGGACUUCCUGGAGGAAGACGAGUACCACGCCACCACCGAGACCGUCAUUAGCAUGGCCCAGGAGACUGACCCUGCUGUGCAGACAGAUGGUAGCCCUCUUUGCUGCCAUUUCCACUUCAGCCCCAAAGUGAUGUUCACAAAGGUACUGAAGGCCCAGUUGUGGGUGUACCUACGGCCUGUACCCCGCCCUGCCACUGUCUACCUGCAGAUCUUGCGACUGAAACCUCUAACUGGGGAAGGGACCACAGGGGGAGGGGGCGGAGGCCGGCGUCACAUCCGUAUCCGCUCACUCAAGAUUGAGCUGCACUCCCGCUCAGGCCAUUGGCAGAGCAUCGACUUCAAGCAGGUGCUACACAGCUGGUUCCGCCAGCCGCAGAGCAACUGGGGCAUCGAGAUCAACGCCUUUGAUCCCAGUGGAACAGACCUGGCUGUCACCUCCCUGGGGCCAGGAGCUGAGGGGCUGCAUCCUUUCAUGGAGCUUCGAGUCCUAGAGAACACAAAACGGUCCCGGCGGAACCUGGGCCUGGACUGCGAUGAGCACUCAAGCGAGUCCCGCUGCUGCCGAUAUCCCCUCACAGUGGACUUUGAGGCUUUCGGCUGGGACUGGAUCAUUGCGCCUAAGCGCUACAAGGCCAACUACUGCUCCGGCCAGUGCGAGUACAUGUUCAUGCAAAAGUACCCCCACACCCACUUGGUGCAACAGGCCAAUCCAAGAGGCUCUGCUGGGCCCUGCUGUACUCCCACCAAGAUGUCCCCAAUCAACAUGCUCUACUUCAAUGACAAGCAGCAGAUUAUCUACGGCAAGAUCCCUGGCAUGGUGGUGGAUCGCUGUGGCUGCUCCUAAGGUGGGGGACAGAGGAUGUUCCCCCCACAGACCCUGCCCCUGGACCCCCAGCCCUGACCCCCAUCCCCCCAGGCCCUAGAGCUCCCUCCACCUCUUCCCAUGAACAUCACACCUUGUUCCCUGCCCAAGCAGUGUGCAAUACAACAGAGGGAGGCAGGUGGUGGUUGAGGGGUGAGGGGUUUGGGGGAAAGGGGAAGGGAGGGGGCAAGGUCAGGAUGGGGAGCGUUUGAGGUUUGCAGAUGAGAAGGUUUGCAGAGAAGACAGAGUGAUGUAGAGGCAGAGGGACAGAGGCAGAGGGACAAAAAGAGCAGCAGCAAGAAGGCAAAGGGAUAGAGAGAAGAGACAGAGACUAGGCAGAGACAAACAAUGAGAAAGAGACCGAAAUGGAGGAAUAAGAGGAAGCCCCACACCAAGCCUCCUUUCUUCCACUGGCAAGGUGAGGGGCUUGGUAUAGUUUGGGGAGAUCCCCUGACUACCAUUCUCAAUAGGAGAGGAAAUAAAAAAUCCACUCUUAGCUUCUUCCCUCUCUCCCUCCAACAGUGGCCAGGGGAAGAGAAAUGAGGGCGGGGCAAAUGAGGAUUUUGGAAUUUUAUUUAUUUAUUUAUUGUGACUUUUCAUUUUUUGGUAUUUGGCUUUACUGAAAUAGGAGGCCCCCUGCCCACUGUGCCCCAUUUGUCCCUAAUUCCCCAAACCCUGCUCCUCUCUAAUAUCCACCCACUUAAGCACUUGUAUAAAGCCUCCAGGGUUGGGAAUGUGAAUAGAGGGCAAGAGGGCUGACAGAUACAUAGACGUUUCCUAACCCAUAAUCACCCUACGCAAUCUUCCUGAGCCAAAAGGGUUAAAUUGAAGCCAGCAGUCAUGGAAACAGUAAGAGGUUAGGGUUUAGGAGCUGGGGGAGCCCCCAAUAUCCAGAAUCAAUAUGAGAGCCACUAAAGUAACCCUCAGGUUCACCCUCAUGGUCCUAAUUUAUUUACCAGAGGGUGCAGCCUACUUAUGCCCAAAUCCACUUCUCCUCCCCCCUCCCCCAGCCAGGAGAGAGACCAAAGAGCCUGUGGAAUGACCUUGCUCCCAGCCUCUAUCUUCAGGUCAAUAAAAGGGAAAGAGAGUAUAGUGAUCCCAGAGUUCUCGGGUCUGGGAAGGGUUAGGAGGGGUCAAGAAAAUAGUAGUUAAGGAGGCUGAAGGUUACAGGGCGUUUGAAUCCAAAUCACUGCUCUGGACUAGGGAAUAGAGCCAGCAGACCAAUGGGGAAGGGAUUUUGGAGGGGGGACACUUGAGUCCCCCAACCCCAAAGCUCAGGGUGGAAGGGGGAGAACAAGGGAGCAGAUUGUCUAUAAUUAUUUUUGUCUUUUAUUUUUGGAAUCUAGCAGUACCUGGCAGCAGGGAGGGGACAGUUAGAACAGAGGGUGGAAGGGAUGGAGACUCCCUGGUUUGGAGAGCUAGGAAGCAGGCAGAGACUCCUCCAAGUCACUAGCUGGGCCUAUUCAUUUCUCCCACAAUCCCGACCCACUCUCCUCUGGACUCACUGUGCCUCAGUUUCUUCCCCUCGAUGGAACGAGAAAUAGCAGCACCCACCACAGCAAAGAGAUGGAUUCUGAGCACUUACCACGGGCACUUUAUGGACAUAAAAUACCUCUCGCUGUGGGACACAUAACCAGGGCACCAGAGUAGUGGUGAAGAGAUGUGAGGCUUAGAGGAGUCAUAGGCUUCAGAGUACAAGUUCCCCUCUGCUUCCCAGCUGGACAGUGCCUGAAGCCAAGGAGUUAAGUCUGGAUCCACACCCUAUCCUUACCUCAUCACCAGACCUCUCAGCUCUAGGCAAGAGCCUAGGGGAUGUCAGGAGAGGAGGGGGAAAGACCCUUCAGCAAAAUUAUCACUCUAAGUAAAGCCAGCAGUUAUGGGUCUGAGAUAAACAGUACUGAACUAAGGUAAAGCCUGAGCUGGAGAGCUGACCUGGAACGCUUAUUCUCCAGAGCAUGACUCUCCCGCCUAGCCCAGCUAGUAGAAAGGGAAAAGGUAUGUGGCUACCCUUGGAAAAGUGAUGUUGAUGAGCUUUAGCAUCUUAUUUCCAUUUCCAUAGUGAAAUAAGGUAGAGGAAAAGGCAGGGGCUGUUAAGCUUUUCAACUUGCCUCCUCACAUAUAGCAGAUACGCUAAACCCCCAGCCUCUCCUCUCUGGCUCUGUUCUUCAACCCUCCUUCUCCAAUUUGGAGAACAAGAUACACCUGACCAGCUAUACCAUUCUCAACAUUUCCUUGGUGGAAGGAGAGGAACAGUGAAAUGAACACAAGAUGCCUCCUCCAAGGUCAAAUGCUCAUGUCUCCUGAUUUUGGCACAGGGUGGGGUUGGGCAGUAGGCAUCAGGUGACUUCUCUACAGAUUCUAGAGCUGGAUCAUUUAAACUUGUGGGACACUUAGGGUAUGUCCCUUCAGUACCACCAAAUAAAGACCUUUGUGGUGGUGGGGGGGGGAGGGUCCUUUCUUUUAUGAACAUGAACCUAUGAGUUGAAGUCUCAUUCCCAUUCCUCCCUACCCCCAAAGAGGAAUGUGGUAAAGAGGCUUGGGGGCACAGCCCAGCGACUCAGUGGGAGCCAGCACCCCCUCCCACCUUAUGAUUGUAGACCUGGCCAGUGCCCCUCCAAACAUAUCAUGAUUAGUGUAAUUAUUAUUUACUUUGUGUAUCUGUUACACUGUGUACGUGAUUGCCUUUGUUUGUUAAGGGUGUCGGAGGAGUCUGACAGGGGCACUGGAAUGCCGGGAAAGGACUUCUUCACUGAGAGCAAGGCUUCCUGGAGGGGAACCAUUACAAAAAGGCCAUCAGGCAGUUUUCAAGUUAUGUGACAAAGGGCAAAGAUGGCCAUAGGGUGCUCUGAGUUUUGGGAUGGUCACAUGACACAAUCCAGCACUUGAACUUGAAAAAAAGAAAAAUAAAAGCAGUCAAAGAGUUUAGAAUUCA